AUGCACAGCACUGAUUCCUCCUUAUAUGCGGUGGGAUUGUCGCGAGAGGGUGAUAACUCUGAUGAGCCUGCUAUCCAACUCGCUGACAAUCCGCCUACAAACGCAGAAAUGCGUGCAACUGUGUCGGUGUACGAAAAGGAAGCGUCGGCUUCGACGACCUCUUUUUCCAGCAGCCUUGUCACAGAUGAACAGGUUGCCAGACACGGUCUCGAGAUAGAUCCAGAGUCUGGCUAUAUACGAUGGCGAAAGGAUAGCAGAGACCACCCGCGCAACUGGUCGGCCUUGAGAAAGACAUACGACACUGCGCUCGUCAUGUUUCUCGAGUUUUAUACAACCGUCAUCAGCACGACAGGAGCUGCUGCGGCUGAACUGGCGCUGCAAGACUACACGGCCAGUAUGAUGACUCUCCUCGUGGCAUUCAGUCUGACGUAUCAAAUCGGACAGGCAGUGGGCGGGCUCGUCCUCCCCCCCUCGUCCGACCUAUUCGGGCGGCGCAUGCCCUACCUUUUCUCCUGUGCCUUGUUCAGUCUGUCAUGCCUCCUUGUUGGAGUCGUUCCACAUCUCAGCGCCGUCUUCAUCGGCAGAUUCCUCUCUGGACUGGCCUCUGCAGUCCCCUCUGUGGUUGUAAGCGGAACAGUCGAAGACCAGUUCAACACCGAGCAUCGCGUCUGGAUCGUCCUGCUCUGGAAUGCAGCCGCAACAGCUGGACUGGCUUUCGGGCCGGUGUACGCAUCAUGUAUUGCCACAGUCGCUAGCUGGCGCUGGAUCUUCUACAGUGCCGCCAUUGGCACGGGAGUCUGCAACGUGCUCCUCCUAGGGAUCCGCGAAAGUCGCCCAAGCAAGCUCCUCGCAAAGAAAGUCGCGUCUCUGCGUGCCGAAUGUCCAAAUGCAGAUCUGAAAUACCACACUGCAGACCCAUUCCCUACGCUGAAAGUGUUUAUCGACGUCGUUUUUAUCCGGUCACUGCUCAUGAUGGUUACAGAACCGAUUCUUAUCAUCAUUUCCAGCAUCAGCGCCGUUUCCUGGGGCCUUAUCUACCUCUUCACAGAAUCAUUAACAGGCUCCUUCACAGCGCUGGGCUUAUCAACGACACAAGCAUCAUAUCCCUUCCUAGCCCUAAUACUCGGCGUAAUCCUCGACGCACUACCCCAUAUCUGGGAAGUGCGCAAACUGAAAGAAAAACGCCGAAACAAAAUCCCUAUCAAGCCAGAGGAUAAAAUCGCCGGAUUCACAUACGGCACUGUUGCUCUCGCCGCGGGGCUUUGGUGGUUCUAUAGCACUACGCCACCGGCCUUGAUAUCCGCCAACCCGCUUCUCCCGACGGCAGCUCUAAUUCCUCUCGGAUUCGGCGUUAAUGAGAUUGCGUAUACGCUGAGUGGGUAUCUUACAGAUACGUACACUGUGUAUGCAGCGUCGGCAUUCGCGGGUCUGGCGUUUGUGCGUGCGAUCGUUGCGGGGGUUGCGCCGCUUAUUGGACAUGUCUUGUUUACGCCGGGGCAUGGUGUUGUACCUGGCUAUGUGAUUUCUGCGCUGGGGACGCUGUUUUGUCUUAUCCCGUUUGUGUUUUAUCGUGUUGGGGAAAGGUUUAGAGAGAGGAGUGGGUUUGCGAGGUUUAGUUGUGAGAUGGAUUUGUUGACUAGGGUGCAGGAUUAG